UAUUUGAACUAAUUUCUAAUUUAGAUCCAACACAUGUGAUCUUCAUCAUCACCACCAACCUCGCCUUUCCUUUGCCUCAACCGCAGAACGGAAUCCAGAGAGAAGUGCAUAUGUAAAUGGCUCUCCGGAGGCUAUUCAGCUCUUCUUCAGUCGCUUCCCGUCUCCAUCUUCAUUCUCUCUCCAAUGGCUCGUCUCUUCGCUUCGCGUCAUCUCUGCCCAAUCAAGCGAACCGAGAGAAGGAGGACCCGCGCGUGACGUGGACUAAGAAGCUAAAUGCCCCCCUUGAAGAAGUCGAUCCAGAAGUUAACGACAUCAUUGAGCUCGAAAAAGCUCGCCAAUGGAAGGGACUGGAGCUCAUACCAUCAGAAAACUUCACUUCUCUCUCUGUUAUGCAAGCAGUUGGAUCAGUGAUGACUAAUAAGUACAGUGAAGGAUACCCUGGCGCUCGAUACUACGGAGGAAAUGAGUAUAUUGAUAUGGCAGAGAGGCUGUGUCAGAAGCGUGCUUUAGAAACUUUCAAAUUGGACCCUGAGAAAUGGGGAGUUAAUGUACAGUCACUAUCAGGAUCUCCUGCAAACUUUCAAGUGUAUACUGCUUUGCUGAAACCACAUGAGAGAAUCAUGGCUCUUGAUCUCCCUCAUGGUGGACAUCUUUCUCAUGGUUAUCAGACUGACACGAAGAAGAUUUCUGCUGUCUCUAUCUUCUUCGAGACAAUGCCUUACAGACUGGAUGAAAGCACAGGAUACAUUGACUAUGACCAGCUGGAGAAAAGCGCAACGCUGUUUAGACCAAAAUUAAUCGUUGCCGGUGCUAGUGCUUAUGCCCGCCUAUAUGAUUAUGCACGCAUUCGUAAGGUAUGUGACAAGCAAAAGGCGGUAAUGUUGGCGGACAUGGCACACAUUAGCGGCUUGGUUGCUGCAGGGGUCAUUCCAUCUCCCUUUGAGUAUGCAGAUGUCGUUACAACCACUACACACAAGUCACUUCGUGGGCCACGUGGGGCAAUGAUCUUCUUUAGGAAGGGAGUCAAGGAGAUUAACAAACAAGGAAAAGAAGUUAUGUAUGAUUUUGAAGAGAAAAUUAAUCAAGCUGUUUUUCCUGGACUUCAAGGUGGUCCUCACAAUCACACAAUCACAGCCUUAGCGGUUGCUCUUAAACAAGCAAUGACACCAGAAUACAAAGCUUAUCAGGAACAAGUUCUCAGUAACUGCUCAAAGUUUGCUGAGAGUUUGUUAGCUAGGGGCUAUGACAUUGUAUCUGGUGGGACGGAGAAUCAUUUGGUCCUAGUAAACCUAAGAAAAAAGGGCAUUGAUGGAUCCCGUGUUGAAAAGGUUUUAGAGUCGGUGCACAUAGCAGCUAAUAAGAAUACAGUUCCCGGUGAUGUGUCUGCCAUGGUACCUGGUGGCAUUCGUAUGGGAACUCCUGCUCUUACCUCUAGAGGAUUUGUUGAGGAGGAUUUUGUUAAGGUAGCCGAGUUCUUUGAUGCUUCUGUAGAGUUGGCUCUUGAGAUAAAGGCGAAGACAGAAGGAACAAAGCUGAAGGACUUUGUGGCAACUAUGAACUCAGAUUCUGACACUCAAUCCAAGAUAGCAAAGAUCCGGUCUGAAGUCGAGGAAUAUGCAAAACAGUUUGCCACUAUUGGUUUUGAGAAGGAAACAAUGAGAUACAGGCAUUGAACACACCAGAGCCAAGCAGGAUCUUGAUUGAGCUCACUUCCAAUGCAAAUGGCGAUUGAAUUAGCAACACCAGCUCAAUUUAUACAAUUUGAAAUGGCACUAGAAUUUGUUUCCGGUUUGCCACGUACGAUUGGUAUAACUUUCCCUGUUUAGAAACUUGAAGCAGCUUAACAUGUUGCUUUUUUUCUAAAUUAUGUCACACAUGUCGGAUAUUUACAGAGUAAUAAAUCAUGUAAAGUUUUCAUGAAUGUAUCCAACUUCUAAGUACAUGUGAGUAUAAUAAUCGCAUCAUACUCUAUAUUGAAAGUGAAACUAGACUACAAUGAUGAUUGAUGAGCGUAAGGGCUGGGAUUUCCA